AUGGGUUGGGAUCCAGUUGCAAACACGGUCACUGCAAGUGCUGAUGCUUGGAAGCGUUACUUGAAGAAAUAUCCUGGUGCAAAAUCCUUCCGUAAAAAGGGGUUAGACAAUUAUUAUAUGCUUUGGGAGAUAUUUAAUAACACAACAGCAUCUGGAAGCAUGUAUAAUGCAUCAACACGGUCUCCUCCUGACUCAGACACCGAAAGAGACUUGGAAACAGAAUUCCUUGGAAAAGGGGUACAUGUAGAACCCGCUAGCUCUGGAGACACGAGUCACCCUUCAUCACACACAAAAUCAAACAUACAGAGACGUGCUUUAGAACUUCCUAUUGAUCUUCCUCAGCGAAAGGCGACUAAAUCAUCAAGGUUUGAUGAUGCACUUGUAGCAUGGACUGAAAAUCUUAAAGUUAAAGAUGAAGUAACAAAAGCGAAGGCUGAACGUAAGAAGGAUAAGGAAGUAACAUCUCCUAUUUGUACCAGCACCGAGAUAUCAUCUAUUGAAGAUUGUAUGGAUAUAUUGGACAACAUGGAAGGAGUGGAAGAUGAUGUAUAUCUCAAAGCCAUUGACAAGUUCAGAAACCCCGACUAUAGGAGAAUUUUAAGAAAAUGA